UCCAUCCUUUUCUUUCAAGAAGAAAUACAUCAACAACAAAAAAAUGGCGAUCAACAAAUUAACCAUAACACUUUUCCUUCUCAUAUCCUUUGCUGUUUUCCACUGCUUGGCCUUCCGUGUGGAGGUCCAAGAGUUCGAACCACCACGACAAGAGGGACAAGAAGGUCCCGGUGGGGGCUCCGGCGAGGGAUGGGAUGAAGAGGCGACAAAGAAUCCUUACCACUUCGGGCAGUGGAGUUUCAAGAAUUUCUUUCAGUCAAAGGAUGGUUUUGUGAAAAUGUUACCGAAGUUCACUAAACGCUCAUCGACUCUCUUCCGUGGAAUAGAAAACUACCGCUUCUUGUUCCAGGAGAUGGAACCUAACACUUUCCUUGUUCCUCACCAUUUAGAUGCCGAUUACGUGUUUCUAGUCGUACAAGGGAAGGGAGUGAUUGGUUUUGUGACGGAUACGGCAAAUGAAUCCUUUCAGAUAACGAAAGGUGAUGUGGUGAGAGUCCCAUCCAGCGUCACACACUUUUUCGCGAACACCAACGGCACCGUUCCUCUCCGUCUCGCCAAGAUCGCCGUCCCUGCCAACGUUCCUGGACACUUCCAGGUUUUCUUCCCUGCUCAUUCCGGCUUUCACCAAUCAUAUUUCACUGGGUUUAGUAAAGAUGUACUCACGGCCAGUUUCAACAUACCGGAAGAAUUGCUAGGAAGAUUGAUUAGGGGACCACAACAACAAGUGGGACAAGGGAUUAUACGUAGAGUUUCCCCAGAACAGAUCAAGGAACUUACCGAACACGAACACGCUACUUCUCCUUCAAACAAACACAAAGACAAAAAGGAUAAGCACAAAGACAAGGACAGGAGCACGUUCGGGAGCCCUUUCAAUCUCCUUGCACAAGAUGCAAUCUACUCCAACAAAUUUGGCCGUUACCACGAGGCACAUCCCAAAAGGUUUAGUCAACUCCAAGACCUUGACAUCGCUGUCGGUUGGGUUAACAUGACACAGGGGUCAUUGUUCCUUCCUCAAUAUAAUUCAGAAACAACCUUUGUAACGUUUGUUGAGAAUGGUUGCGCCCGCUACGAGAUGGCUAGUCCUUACACAUUCCAAGCAGAGCAACAACAGCCCUGGUUUGGACCAGGACAAGAAGAGGAAGUGGAAGAGGAAAUGAGUGGACAAGUACACAAGAUUGUCUCACGCGUGUGUAAAGGCGAAGUUUUUAUCCUUCCGGCAGGUCAUCCAUUCGCUAUACUCUCACAGGAUGAAAAUUUUGUCGCGGUAGGGUUUGGUAUUCAUGCGUCCAACAGCACAAGAACGUUCCUUGCAGGGCAAGAUAAUAUGCUGAGCAAUAUCAACACGGUGGCGACGAGGCUGAGCUUUGGUCUCGGAAGCAAAUUGGCGGAGAAGUUGUUCACGAGCCAAAACUAUUCCCACUUUGCACCUACGACUCCUAGCCAUCAGUUUCCAGAGAAACCCAAGCCAUCCUUUCAAUCAAUCUUCAACCUAGCCGGUUUUUGAGAAUGCAAAA